UCUUGUGUUCCUCUAAUGAGGUGGAUUAGAGGACCUGCCAUAGGCCGUGGCGCCACAGCUACCGUAUCGCUAGCCACCGCCACCCCUUCUGGUGAGCUUUUCGCCGUUAAGUCCACUGAGUUAUGUCACUCAAUGUUCUUACAAAGAGAGAAUUAUCUCUUGUCCAAAUUAAGUUGUCCUCGUAUUGUUAAAUACAUAGGCUAUAAUGUAACAAAUGGAACAAAUAACAAGCCUAUGUACAAUCUUUGCAUGGAGUAUGUCCCCGGUAGCACGCUUUUCAAGGAAAUUCAAAGGGUAGGAGGGAGAUUGGAUGAAGAGAAAGUUAGAUUGUACAGUCAGCAGAUUUUACAAGGUUUGAAUUAUCUUCAUGAUAAUGGGGUGGUACAUUGUGACAUCAAGAGCCAAAAUAUUUUGAUAGGUAAAGAAGGUGCAAAGAUUGCUGAUCUUGGUUGUACUAAAUUGAUGGGAAAAGUUGGUUCUAAUGGAGGUUUUGACACGUCAGCAUUUUCCGGUACACCGUCUUUCAUGGCACUUGAGGUGGCACGUGGGGAGGAUCAGGGUUUUGAAGCUGAUAUAUGGGCUCUUGGAUGCACAAUUAUAGAGACGAGCACUGGGAAUUCCCCAUGGCCAGAGCUGAAUGAUCCGGUUUCAGCUCUUUAUAAGUUUGGAUUUUGGGGUGAAAUACCUGAGAUUCCAAAGUGGUUAUCUGAGAAAGCCAAGGAUUUUCUGAGAAAGUGUUUGAAAAGGGAUUCAAAGGAGAGAUGGACAGCUAAAGAAUUGCUUCAACAUCCAUUUCUAGAAGAAUUGGAUACACUUUUAAAGGAAGUAAAGGAAUCUACCAUCAAUUCUCCAAGUUCUGUGCUAGAUCAUGGUUUCUGGGAUUCAUUGGAUGUGGUGGAAAGUCCUGAGAAUUCGAUUCCUCGAGAGAUUUCCUUGAAGUCUCCGACUGACACGAUCAAGAAAUAGCUUCAAGGCACUCUGUCACCAUCUUCCAAUGCUUCUUGUUGGACGUGGAGUGAAGAUUGGAUAACAGUUAGAAGCAGUGGCAAUGACAUGGUAGAAGAUGAUUUUGCAUUUGCAACUCCAUCAUUCCUGGAUCCUUUUGAAGAAGAACUUGAAAUUGAAAGCUCAAUCUUAGAUGGGGAUUUUUUGUUAGAAAAUUCUAUAGAAAAUGUUAUUGAUUUUAGCAGUAUUUUGGCAUUUGAUAGUGUAACAGAUGAUUUUUUUUGUAUCAGACAAUCUCAAUGUUGAGACAGUAUUCAAUGAAAUUUCUUGUUCUAUUCCAAUCCCAUCUUCCAUAUUUGAUUUCUACAAAAUUUCCUUUGCAGGCAGACAUGACCGGCCGGCGAUCAACU